AUGAACGAAAAGGACUCGGGCGACGAUGUCAAGGUCGCUGCUAGUGAGACUUUGCCCGCUGGAACUGAUCCCCACCGCGUCGCCACCGCCAUCUUCACUUUGAACGAGGAGGAAUCGAUCAAAAUCUUGAAAGCCCUUAUCGAUGGCCAUGAAAAUGACUACACGAUCGACCACAACCUGAUACGCCGUUGUGAGGAAUUGGUGGAGGGCAAUACUGCGUGUGGAAUGGAAUAUAGUGAAUGGGCUUAUGUUACCUGCAAGACAGCAGGUCUCGUACACAACUGGUCUCCUUAUGCUGAAGUUCGAGCCGUGACUCUCCCAUACGAUGAUCCAGAUGAGCCAUGUGAGAGUGUUCGGGCCUAUGUGGUCGGUUUCUUUUGGGUCUGUUGCGCGUCAGCCGUCAACACUUUCUUCAGUCCUCGUCAGCCUGGUAUCUCCAUCCCCGGUCAGGUCAUCCAGCUCCUUCUUGUUCCCAUGGGCCGUUUCUUGGCUCUUGUCCUCCCUGACUGGGGCUUCACCUUGCGCGGCAAGCGCUACACGCUCAACCCGGGUCCAUGGUCGGCAAAAGAGCAGCUCUUUGCCACUAUCAUCUCUCAAGCAGACUCGAUUGGCAACUUCACCGGUCUGUUGGUCAUGCGUCUCCCCAUCUUCUUCAACCAACGUUGGGCUGGCUUUGGAUUUGCGAUCAUCCUCGCUCUCGCAAAUCAGAUCUUCGGUCUCGGCAUGGCUGGAAUUCUGCGUCGUCUCACUGUCUAUCCUCAAGAGGCAGUCUGGCCUUCCGUGCUUCCUACAUUGGCAUUGAACCGAGCACUCAUCAACGACGACAACAAGCGCGAAGUCAUCAAUGGUUGGAGGAUCACCCGUUUUAUGUGCUUUGUGAUUGCCAGUGUCUUUUUCCUCGUCUACUAUUGGAUUCCAGACGAGUUCUUCCAAGCUCUUCGUCUGUUUAAUUGGAUGACUUGGAUCUCUCCUCAGAACAAGAAUUUGGCUAUUGUUACCGGCUCGUAUGGAGGCAUGGGCUUCAAUCCUUGGUCCAGUUUCGAUCCCAAUACUUCGGGCUCUGGUGCCAUGAACGCACCUUUCUUUGCUCAGCUCCAACAAUAUAUUAUGCGAGCUAUCGCGGGUAUAAUCAUCCUAAUCAUGUACUACAAGAACGCAUUCUGGGCCGCAUUUAUGCCGAUCAACUCUAACUCGGCAUUCAACAACCAGAUGAAAUCGUACAACGUGAGCACGGUGCUCAAUUCAGACAACCAAGUCGAUCUCGAUAGGUAUAAGGCUUACGGACCGCCAUACUACGCCGUUGCCAAUCUUUUUGUAACGGGUGGCAAUUUCGUAUAUUACACCUUCUCGAUCGUCUAUGUUUUCAUCAAGUACUGGGGUCCUUUGAAGAAAGCCUUUGUCGGGAUGAUUGUCAAUACCAUCAAGGGUCAGUCGAUUUACACGGGUUUCUCGGACGGUCAUGCUCGAAUGAUGCGACGAUAUAAAGAGGUCCCGGAGUGGUGGUACUCAAUCGUCUUUCUAUUCGGUUUCGCAAUCUCAGUCAUCGGCGUGACCGCAUGGCCCACACAAACACCAUGGUGGUCAAUCCUCGUCGUUGCUGGCGUCGGAGCCCUCCUCACGAUCCCCUGGGUCAUCAUCGAGUCUAUUGCAUCCACAGGCAUCUCGUUGAACGUGAUCUGGCAAGUACUCCCCGGUGUCAUCUGGCCCGGCCGUCCCCUUCCCCAGCUGGUUAUCCUUAUGCUCGGCGGUGCUUUCGAGCAAUUAGCUGGUGGCUUUACUCAGGAUCUCAAGUAUGCGCACUACAGUAAGCUGCCGCCCCGCGCAGUAUUCCGAGGACACAUCGCGUCGUGUGUCGUCAACUGCUUCAUGUACUGCGCUAUCUUGGAGGUCAUGCUCGUGUACUUUAACCAGGACUCGACGCUCUGCCAAUGGGACAAUAAGGAACACAUGGUGUGCAAUUAUGCCAACCAGGUCUUCGCCAACGUCAUCUUCUUCGGUGCCUUUGGCACGAACAACAUGUUUAAACUCUAUCCCGUGCUGCCCUAUUGCUUCUUGAUCGGAGCCUUGCUCGGCCUGGCAUGGGUGCUCGCUGAAAAGGCUGUCCCGCACACGCGUCGCUACCUGCAGUCCGGCAUGAACGAGAAGCAAUUCUCUUCCUUCGAGCAGUACUUCUGGAAGCCAGCAGCGAGCGUCUUCUCUUGCUUGAAUCCGGCAGUUGCGUUGUCUGGUGCGCUGAACUGGACUGGAAACACCAAUCUCAGUUACGCGACGCUAGGUAUCUAUCUUGCCUGGCUUUUCCAGUUCUACCUGAAGCGUCGUUAUACGGCAUGGUGGAGUAAAUAUGCCUACCUCAUUUUCGCGGGUCUAAACGUGGGCGUCGCCAUCUCCGGCCUAAUCGUCACCCUCGUCUUCAGCUUCGGCGCAGGAAAAAAAACCUCCUUCAAAUGGUGGGGCAACGACGUCGCGCUCGCUGGCGUCGACUACCAACUCUACAACAACAACGCAAGUCUUCUGCCUUUACCGGCCAGUGGGUAUUUUGGUCUCCCGCCAGAUCAGUAUCCUACUGACUGGUGAGAUAUGGAUUAUGUGGGGUUGUUUUGAUGGAGUUGGGGGCUAGGAGGAGGGAGCGUUGUUAUAAGCGUUGAAUGUUUGAAUGAUUUAUGAGAUUUAUUUAUGAGUAAUGCAGAGUAAUUCGUG